AGAAAGCAGCUGAGAAAUGGCUGUGAGAGAAUUGACAACCGGUUUCUCACGCUGGUGUGUGUAGAAGCUCUGAAAAGCGCCGAGAUGAGACUUUUAAAAUGAUGUUGAAAAAAUCCAUUUUAAUCGCUAAAAUGAAAUCAAAAAAGUUUCUUUUACUUUUUAAUAAUAUUUCUACGAUUAUUAGACGGCAAAAAUGCAAACUAUAAUUGAUCGAUCGCUAUAAACUACCAAUUCAAUUUUUUCUCAGCUCCAUCGUUCUUUGCAUGCCGAGGAGAAUUCUCUCACCGAAAAUGCUGUCAGUCGCUGUCAAAGCAUGCUGUCAGUUAUUUUCUCAGCUGCAUUCUCGGUGUAUGUAGAAACGCUCUAACGUGUUCUUUUUAUGAUGUUGCCCAAGUAGAACUCCCCCUUGCAGCAGAACGUCGCAGCAAACAUCGCGGCAGGCUGCGCUGUGACAGCUUGGUGCGAUGAUUAGGCGGUGUUUUUUCCCUCCCGAGACCGAUGAUGGGGGACUGCUUGCUCUUGCCGUGUUUUACCCCGUUUCGCGAAUGAAAAGCAUACGCAUCGUUACUGUGAUUGUCCCGAGUUGUUAGUUUGCGAGCAGGAAUAGGGAGAAGUAAAAGCGCCAGCGUGCCGUGUCCGUGAACGUGAUCGGCUGCGACGUGAACGACGCUCCGGCCAGAGCCACACUCUAAUCCCCUUUCGAUGGCGUAGAGAUCUGCCCGCACACACCACCAAGCGAGAAGAAAAGAAGGCAGGAAAGAAGGAAAAAAAGAAGAGCAGGCUGGCUUGCGUAUCCUCUCGGUCUGUGUGAGAAAGGUGCGUGUGCGUGUAUGUAUGUGGCAGAAGCUGUGUAUAUGCGUGCAGCCGUCGGACGGCGACGAGCAUAAGCAAGUUCACUACUCACCCAACUCGCACACACCCCUGCCGCUCACCCGUUGAUUGGCGAGCAUAACUUUGGCGGAUCGAUUUUUACACAAUAUGCGUGUGUGUGGUACUGUGUAAAACCGGCGCGUGUCGCAAAAAGUAGCCGGACAAUCAACAAAUCCGGACGGGAAGUGACGGCUCGGCAAGCGAACUGUCCUAGCUAGAACUGUCCAUUCAUGCGUUGGAGGUGUGUGUAGAGCUUUGUCCUUUUCAUUGGCCCAUCACCAUCAUCACCAUCGCCAUCAUCAUCAUCAUUAAUGCGAGUGUGCGAUGUUCAUUAUCAAUGCAACGGUGUGUUCGUCAGCGUAGGAUAUAAGGUCAUGCUGGUUUGGAAUCGUACUUUGUGCUUGCCAUUGUUUCCCUCAUCGAAUGCCGGUUCCAAUGAUCGUUUGAGAUGGAUUGUGUUCCCGACGGUCGUUCGUAGUGUGUGAGAGCGAAGGAAAACGAUAUGAAUAAUCCGGCCAAAGUGUAGCGUGCAUCAAUGGUACAGGAUCAGGCCCAGGAUACGGGAUUGCCGAAUGCGCGAGAGAGAUUCACAUAGAAACACGACAAGUUACAAUUUCCUUGUAGUAGCCCGCAGUAGUUGAUCACUAGCGUGAUUGGCUGGCAGACGGGACGGGACGGGAAGGCAGCAUCACGAAUGUCCCAAGCGUCCCAGUCGCUAUAAACGUCUAGCAAUGUCUGGGCACAAUCCGCCGCAUGGGCGUUUAGGGCAACCGAACACUACGUGGAGUCCGCUACAGGUCCCGUCAUAUGUUCCACGGCAACCACAGCUGGCACACAUGUCGAGCGAACGGUCGAUGGCACGCUCGCCGUUAACAUGGCCCGCACCACCAACAACGCACCAGGACAAGAUGUACAGCCUGAUGAGCGGAAACAUGAUGAAUAACAUUGAAAUGAACCCACUGCUGCAGGGGUACGGCCGAAACGUCGGUAUGCCAUUGGGAUCGGUCGAUCUGACGCUGUCGUCCGCCAGCCGCAGCACACCGUCCCCGAAGGGAGCGCACAACAACGUCCCGGUGCCGGCGGCGACCGGCUCGACGCAUGGAACGCACACCUCCUCAACGACACUGCCAUCAAACAUUCCCACCGGCGGGGGCGCUCACGGUCUCGCCGGCGAUGGUGGCCUUUCCGGAAGCAACCAUCAGCAAGCACGUGCAUCACCAUCGGCGAACGUCGGUCCGGCUCCGGGCGGCGUCAUCCAAUCGACCACGGUAGCGGCACUGAAGGAACGCAUGCAGGGCAUGGGCACAUCCCUGACGCCGGGCACGGGCGGUGGAGCAGGCAGCACAUCGUCCAACAGCUUCGCCCUGACGAACGCAAUCAACGACGGCAGCAACAGCAGCAGUGUCAUCGGUGCGAGUAUGAUGCGGGCCGGCGGCAAUGGGUUCGGUGCAGGAGCACUGAACAACCGUACCGCGAACGAGCUGGCCGCACUCGUGUCGGGCAGCUUGCUGGUGAAGGAUGCGAAGCAAAUCAACAGCGAAAUGGAUGGCAAGAAUGGACGGGAUUGUUUCUCGCACAUCGAGUCGGCGGAUUUGGUGAAAGAGUUCGUUUUGCAGACGAUGCACUGCAACGCCCUGUCGGUUUCACCGAAACGAACCUCGCCGGCGAGAUCAUCGUCGGUGCAGUCAGCAGCGCUAAGCCCGACCAGAAGUAGAAGCCCACCACAGCUCAACCUGCUGCUCGGCUCGUCCAACAUCGAUGGCAAGCUCGGGGUGGACUGUUUGACCGGUGCAUUUCCCUUGCCGACCAGCAACGCCGCCGUGCCAUCGCUAGCGCUAAACACGGACGCUACGGCGUCCGCAGCCGAAGGACCAGAUGUGGGCAGUGUGGCGGCCCGAGCAAUUGGCUCGUUGCUUGCUGGGGGCAGCAGCCACGAUCUGUCCGUCGGUGCAUCGAUACCGGCCUGUCCGAUGGCCAACCCGGCCGCUUCGCCGACCGGUCACAGUAUGGCGUCGAGCGAAGAUUCGGUCGAUUCGUCCAACAGCAGGAGCAACGGCAACGCGCGACGAAGGCGAAAACCGGAGAAAACGAACAAAAUGAAUGCCGCCGCCUUUCCGCCCGAGGAGGGCAAAUCCCUAUUCCACGGCGCCAAACCAUCCACGGACGGGCCGCCGACGGCAUCCGCAAUGCUCGACGAGCUGGACGGCUUGCGCUCGAAUCACACCGGCCGGAACGACAUCACGGCACUCGCCAUCGAAGGUAUUAAUGCGCUCAGUCACGGUUUAGCUGCGGCACAGUGCGAUCUUAGUCAGCCUACAUCACAUGCCAGCGCGCCGGUGGAAGGUGCUGGCCCCCGGGCAGGUAGCGGUGGUCAGCCGCACGCGAACGAUUUGCCGCACGAGCUCUUCCGAAAGGCGGGCCCGCUGGCCGAAGCGUCCCCCGACCAGCAAAAGCUGCUAGAAUCCCUCAUCCAAAGCAAUAUGAGCGCGAACAGCACAGUGCCGCCCGUUGCGGUAGCUGCUGAGGAUGGUAAGCUUAGCGGCACCGCGGCGGCGGCGAUGAACGAUUGCGAAACGAUCGACAAGAUCGCCGCCAUGGUGUCGGCGACGACGGCGAUGGCGUCCAAGUUUUUCGCCGACAAGGCCGGGACCGAGAACGGCAUCGGGGACGAGGGGUUGCCUGCUACGUCCGGGAUGCAUUGUAACGGGCCUGCCCUGCCCGCGAAGGACGUACCGGAGGGUGGUGGUGAUGGGGAAAACGUUCACAAGGCUGACAAAAAGGCAAACGCAGCUGACAGCAGCUACGAAGAGGUGGAAAAUAAGCUAGAGGAAAUGUUUGCCGGCAUCGAGGAGGAACCGGAGAAGCGUACCGACUCGGUGUUACGAGCCGAAUCGGCCAGCAGUAGUGAGGAUCGAGGCUCGAGCGCGGUUGAGCCGGUGACAGCAGCGAUCGACAGUGCUGCGCCAGCGAAGAACCUGUCCGAUAGCGAGGUGAUGAAGCAGCUAUCGAACGAUCUAGCAGCGUCGGCCGCAGCGGCAGCAGCAGCAGCAGCAACAGCAACCGGCAGUGAUAGUCCGGCCGGGACGGGUAGCGGGAAAAAGCCACUAACUCCAGCACAAAAGCGCAGUAUUGGCAGCAAGGGAGGACCGGCCGGUGAAAUGGCCACUAGUACGCCGGCCGCGAAACGCAAGCGCGGACCGAAGAAAAAGUCGAACGGCAAACCGUCCGUCCCGUUCCUGGAACCGGAAGGGCCGCCGAUGCUCGGUCUGAAGGCGCUAAACAGCAAGCAGAAAAGGGGAAAGCCCGGUAAAAAAGGCCCGGCCGCGGGCAAGAAGGGAAAGGCGGGCGGCAGCGGCAACAAGGGCAAGGGAAGCAAGCAGGACGAGCGCGACGAGGGCGGUGCCUGGUCCGGGGCGGGCACCAAUAAUACGUCCAGCGCGGAGGCCGGCGGCGGAGGCAAGUACCGGGGGCCGUACGUGCAGGUCAAGUCGAGCGGAAGCCACACGGUCAUCAAUGCCCCGAUCAGCGAGGAGGACGGCGAGAAGACGCAGCACAAAACGAAAAAGUUCGGCAACAGCCUGAACAGCUCGGAACGCAGCAAAAUCCGCGGCCUGCACGUGAGCACGCUCAGCACCAAGUACGACGCGGACACGACCGACACGAGCUGGAUGUGCGUGUUCUGCAAGACGGGGCCGCAUAAGUUCCGGCUCGGCGAUCUGUUCGGACCGUACAUCAUCAGCACGGCCUCGGGCGAGUACGAGCAGAGCCAGGUGGAUGUGGACUUCUUCAGCGUGCGGCGAACGCGCGAAGAUCUCGAAUCGAGCCAGGCGAAGCAGCGGCGGGCCGCGGAAAAGCUGAAAGAGCAGCAGCAGCAAGGCGGGCCCAAGGGUAAGAAGCGAAAAAACGCCGCCGGAGCUGCGGCAGCGGUACCCGGCGCACCGGCAGGACCGAGCAGUGCCAAAGCGAUGGCACUGAAGCAGGAACCGUGCGACGAUGUGGUCGAUCGGUCGGCGUGCGAGAUUUUCUACGGCAUGGUCAAGGCGAGCGAUAACACGUACGAGGUGUGGACGCACGAGGACUGUCUGGUGUGGGCGCCCGGCGUGUAUAUGGUUGGGACGCGCAUUGUCGGGCUGGAGGCUGCCAUCUGGAACUGCUGUCGGCAUCAGUGCCAGCUGUGCCGAAACUAUGGCGCCGUGCUGAGCUGCCUGCAUCAGGGAUGCCACGCCAAGGCGCACUACAUCUGCGCCCACAAACAGCACUGGAAGUUGACGGAGGAUUUCCAAUCCUUCUGCGACCGGCACUCGGGUCAUUCGGGCGGAAGCGUAAACGAUGUGUCUAAGGUGGAAGAGGUUGAUGCUACUGGUGGUGGUGGUGGUGCUGUUGCUGCUGCUACUGUUGCGCCACUGGCGACGACCAAGCAGCUGAAGAAGGAGGCCAAGUCAAGCAAAGAGACGCUGGCCCUGACAACCAGCGCGUCAUGAAUCGUUCUCGUGAUGGUGUGAACAGGAUGGAUCAAAUUCAAUGGAGAAAGGACUGAUCGAGUGAGAAUCAUUUUAGCUAGCGGGCUGGGUGUGGAAGUGAGGGUGGUGGUGAACGCCACUCACAGCAUGGAAUUGAGAGAGGUGGGGGGCCCUUCUGGCAAGCCGUAUACAAGGAAGCUUUUUUAUGAUUGCUGUGUAACAGUAAGUUGUAAAAUGUUAAUGUGUUCAUAAACUGCACAUAAUCACACUUAACUAGAAGAACGCUCUUGUCACUAUCUUCAGUAUAAUUACGACCGUAACGCAAUGCCGUAUCGCUUGUCCCGCUUGAAGGCUGCGAAUCGCGCUGGGUAGGAGGGGAGUGUGGGGGGACAUUUCAAUCGUGCCGCAAAUGUUUUGCUAGUUUUAGUAUUGCCCAUGUUUAGUUCCACUCCUGCCGGAUAAGAUUUUAGGGUGCUGGCGCUGCAUGAUAGUUGGUGGCAGCAGCGAAAUACGUAUUUUGGCUAUAUUUUUAUAUUUAUUUCACUCCACGUGCGUACUCUACGUGCGUACCCUCAAUAUAGUCCGGAUCAAGGGUUUCGGAUAUGCAUGAAACAUUGUAAAUGCACAAAACAAUCAUUUUAGCUAAAAAAAACAUUCACUUUCAGCAGUGGUAGCAGAACAAGAAAGGUGUUAUCGCAAAUCGUUAACGACAUUCCAUUUCCCCAACUGGAAAGAAUACUCUCAUAAUGGCGCAUUUUGGCAAUGCUUUAUGUAUAUUGCGAUCGUAGUGUGCGUGUUUCGGGGUUUUCGUUUUAGUCUAAAAGCGUUUUAGUCCACACUGAAUCAAAUAGUCUUUUAACUUCGUUUUACCAUCAACGAAUCUCUCUCUUAUUCUAGUGCAUACCGCUCUUCGUUCUUAAUUGUACAUAGUUAUAGUUAUCGAACCACAACCAAACCAACUUUCAGUCAAAAAAGAAGCCUAAUUUCACUUCGAUUCGAGAAUCAAGUAACUGCCGAAGCUAGCAAAACAUUGUCCCCCGGGAUGGGAACGUGGUGGCACAUGCGAAUUUUAAACCUUCACAAGUGAUGAAACAGCACGGCAAUGUGUUUGAUUUCUAUAAUAUAAAUAUAUAUAUACAAAUACUUAACAAUGCUCGUAAGAUGAAAACAGUUUUUAAGUUAAUUGUAAUCGUAUAGUCAGGGCCAUCACUAGCGUUCGCCAUGGUUCAUAUACAAAGAUAUUUUUGUAUUCGGAGAAAAGGAGACGUAAUGAGCAAAUCGAAACACACUACGUAGCAUGACAAACAUUUUAUUCUGAAUAAGCCAUAGUUUACUUGAAUUAGCGUAUUGAUUAAACUAAUCGUGGUCAGUUUUUGUACUAUAAAAGGGAAGGGGGGGUUAGACGCUAAAGGAUAUUCCACCUUGUGCAUCAUUGUGGCUAGAAAGUGUAGUGGACAAACGGACAAACGAAGCUGAUGCCGAUAUCGCCGAUACUGCUCGAUCGAAACAAUCAAUGCGCAACGAUCGUUGUUCCACAUUUUGGACAACAUUACACGUAAUAGAUGGUCGGGAAGAGGGGGACGGCUACACUGUAUGCGGAGUGCGAUGUAUGCGCCGAUAAGCCGCAGCUGUGUAGGGCGAGUGCGGGCAACGGCGAGCGAAAGCUGAAUUUGUAAAAACAAGUUUCUGUGUAAAAUUUGUCGAAUGCAUGUGAUUUACCGUUUAAAAAGAAGUGUAAAAAUAUGGAAAAGAAAGUUAUUUAACAAAACCAGAGACAAACAGAAGGUAAAAGCAACAAAACAAAUGCAGUAAACAGAGAUAGUAAAAUACAAAGAAAAUAAAAUUUAAAACAGAUCAAAUUCUACUGUAGAAGUAUGUCGUUUUUGCAUUAAAAGUCGAACAAAAUUCGGAUAAUAAAACCAAUGUAAGUUUUAUGAAAUGAA